CCCCGAAACCCCAGUCCUCUUCUUCUCUUCAUUCUUCUUUGUGGCUCUUCUGUUUGGAGUUUCUUCCUUUGUGCCUUGUCUUGCCCCUGGGCUUCAGGGGGCUCAUGAAGAGGCUAGUAGUUGUGCUAUUAGUUUUAGCAGUUACUAAUGCUGUCGGAGGCAACGGAGGGGAGGAUGAGCACUGCAAAUACAAGAGGGGUUUGAAGCCAAGACCACACAGAGUUUCCAUAACAGAAUUUGGCGCUGUCGGAGAUGGUGUGACACUAAAUACACUUGCCUUUCAGAAUGCUAUCUUCUAUUUGAACUCAUUUGCCGACAAGGGUGGUGCUCAGCUGUAUGUUCCUAAAGGGAGGUGGCUGACUGGAAGUUUCGACCUCACCAGCCAUCUCACCCUCUUUUUGGACAAGGGUGCCAUUAUAAUUGGCAGUCAGGAAUCAUCUCAGUGGCCUAUUAUUGAGCCAUUACCCUCGUAUGGCCAAGGCAUAGAUCUUCCAGGUGGAAGGCACCGCAGCUUGAUAAAUGGGCAAAACUUGACAGACGUAGUGAUAACAGGUGACAAUGGAACCAUCGAUGGUCAGGGUUCUGUCUGGUGGGGGUGGCUCCAUUCUCACACCUUAAACUUUAGCCGUCCUCACCUUGUGGAGCUUGUGAGUUCCAAUGACAUUGUGAUUUCAAAUUUGACAUUCUUGAACUCCCCUGCUUGGAGCAUUCAUCCAGUAUACUGUAGCAAUGUGGAGGUUCAGAACAUAACAAUCCAUACUUCAUCCAAUUCUCUAUUUACAAGUGGGAUAGUUCCAGAUUCAUGCUCAAAUAUAUGCAUCGAGGAUUGCAGCAUUAAUGUCUCACAUGAUGCCAUUGCUCUGAAGAGCGGUCGGGACAACUAUGGAAUCUCUUUUGGAAGACCUUCCUGGAACAUUCACAUCAGCAAUGUCCACCUGCAGACUUCUCUUGGCUCUGCCAUUGCUUUUGGAAGUGAGAUGUCUGGUGGAAUAUAUGACAUACAUGUUGAGCGCCUACAUGUCCAUGAUUCUUUCACCGGUAUAAAAUUCAAGACCAUCCGAGGCCGAGGUGGUUUCAUUGAAAACAUAGUCAUAUCGGAUGUCAAUAUGGAAAAUGUUCAUGAGGCUUUUCGGUUCACAGGACAUUGUGGCAGCCAUCCUGAUGAUCAUUAUGAUCCAGAUGCUCUUCCAGUCAUCAAGCGGAUUACCCUUAAGAAUGUGGUUGGUACAAAUAUUUCCACUGCUGGUGUCCUCUCUGGAAUCGAAGAUGAUCCCUUCACUGCUAUCUGCCUUUCAAACAUCAACUUGUCUAUCACCUCAGAUGCUUCUGCUUCAUGGGUUUGCUCAAAUGUCUCAGGAUUCUCCGAAUCAGUCUUUCCUCAACCAUGCUCCGACCUCCAAAUCCCAUACUCAAAUUCUUCUCUCGUGUGCUUCUCACUUCUAAACUACAGUGCUCUUGCAGCAGCCAAAUAGAGCUUUUUUCCGUGUCUUGCCGUUUGCUUCAGCCACUCCAUAAUUGAGAGACUCGAAUUUCCAUUACCAGCUUGUCAAUUCUUUUUCUAAUAAACCCCAACAAGGAAAGACCUUUCCAUUUCUGCCGCCCAUUCAAUUCAUGCUUGGUGGGACUCGAGCAAUAUUUAUCUUGGACCUUCUAAACCAAAAAAAAAAAAAAAAAACAUCCAAGAUGACUAUAUGCUUUGCUUGUACAGCUACAUUGCUUCAUUCAAUCUGUAAGAAAAAUUUUUGGUA